CGAAAUUUCCCACCUCAGACUCCGAGAGAAGCAAACACAAGAAGAAGAAGAAAAAAAACCGUCCGCACAAAAAAGAAAACGGCAGCGCCAGCCAGUGAGGAGAAAAGCUUCAGAUCCAGCUCCAGCUCCAGGUCCCCCUCCUCCCCAAUGCCUCGCCCGUAGCCGCGUCCGCCGCACGUCGCAAUGGCCGGCCCCAGCGUGCCCGCAGCGGCGCUGGCGGCCCUGCUCGCGGUCGCCGCCCUCACGUGCUGCGCCGUCGCGGAGCCGCCGCCGAGCGAGCGGUCCGCUCUGCUGGCGUUCCUCACCGCGACCCCGCACGAGCGCCGCCUCGGGUGGAACGCCUCCACCCCGGCGUGCGGCUGGGUCGGGGUCACGUGCGACAACGCCAACUCCACCGUCGUCGAGGUGCGCCUCCCGGGCGUGGGCCUCGUCGGCGCCAUCCCGCCGGGCACGCUCGGCCGGCUCACCAACCUCCGCGUGCUCUCGCUCCGCUCCAACCGCGUCCUCGGGACCGUCCCCGACGACGUGCUCCAGCUUGCCAGCCUCAAGGCGCUGUUUCUGCAACAGAACCUGCUCUCCGGCCCCAUCCCGACGGGAAUCCAGAAGCUCGGCGGCCUCGAGCGCCUCGUGCUCUCCCACAACAACCUCUCGGGCUCCAUCCCCUUCGCGCUCAACAAGCUCACCGCGCUGCGAGUGCUCAAGCUCGACGGCAACCACCUCUCCGGGAGCAUUCCCAGCAUCAGCAUCGCGGGGCUCGGCGCCUUGAACGUCUCCGACAACAACCUCAACGGCUCCAUCCCCAAAUCGCUCUCGCACUUCCCGCGGGAAUCCUUCGCCGGAAACCUCCAGCUCUGCGGGGACCCGCUGCCGCCCUGCAGCAGCUCGUUCUUUCCCCCAGCACCAUCGCCCGGGCUUAGCCCUGGCCCCGCGACGGGCUCCUCCAAGAGGCGGAAGCUCUCCGGCGCCGCAAUCGCGGGCAUCGUCGUGGGCGGCGUGGUGGUGGGGCUCCUCCUCCUCAUCGCCGUCGUGCUCUGCGCGGUGUCCAAACGUCGGAGCGCCGGCGCCCGUGAGGGGCCCAAGGCCGCGACGUCGUCCGCGGCGGCGGCGGCGGGUUCGGGAGCGACCAGGGGCCAGCCCCCGCCGGCGUCCGGCGAGGGCGGCGGCAUGACGUCUUCGUCCAAGGAGGACCUCGGAGGCGGCGCGUCCGGGUCUGCCGCGGCCGUCGCAGCCGCGGCGGCGGGCGGCGCCGCGGGGGAGCAGAGCCGGCUGGUGUUCGUGGGGAAGGGCGCCGGGUACAGCUUCGACCUGGAGGACCUGCUGCGCGCGUCGGCGGAGGUGCUGGGCAAAGGCAGCGUGGGGACGUCGUACAAGGCGGUGCUGGAGGAAGGCACGACGGUGGUGGUGAAGCGGCUCAAGGACGUGGCGGUGCAGCGGCGCGAGUUCGACGCGCACAUGGAGGCGGUCGGCAGGGUGGAGCACCGGAACGUGCUCCCCGUCCGCGCCUACUACUUCUCCAAGGACGAGAAGCUGCUCGUCUACGACUACCUCCCCAACGGCAGCCUCUCCGCCAUGCUCCACGGGAGCCGGGGCUCGGGCCGGACGCCGCUGGACUGGGAGGCGCGCAUGCGGGCGGCGCUGUCCGCCGCGCGCGGGCUGGCGCACCUGCACACGGCGCACAACCUGGUGCACGGCAACGUGAAGGCGUCGAACGUGCUGCUCCGCCCGGACGCGGACGCGGCGGCGCUCUCCGACUUCGGGCUGCACCAGCUGUUCGCGGCGUCGACGGCGGCGCGGGGCGGCGGGUACCGCGCCCCGGAGGCGGUGGACGCGCGGCGGCUGACGUACAAGUCGGACGUGUACUCCCUGGGCGUGCUGCUGCUGGAGCUCCUGACGGGCAAGUCCCCCUCGCACGCGUCGCUGGAGGGCGACGGCACGCUGGACCUGCCCCGCUGGGUGCAGUCCGUGGUGCGGGAGGAGUGGACCGCCGAGGUGUUCGACGUCGAGCUGGUGCGCCUGGGCGCCAGCGCCGAGGAGGAGAUGGUGGCCCUGCUGCAGGUGGCCAUGGCGUGCGUGGCCACGGUCCCCGACGCGCGCCCCGACGCCCCCGACGUGGUAAGGAUGGUCGAGGAGAUCGGCGCCGGCCACGGCGGCCGGACCACGACGGAGGAGAGCGAGGGCGUGCGCGCCACGUCGGAGGAGGAGCGGUCGGGGGGCACGCCUCCCGCCGCCCCGACGCCGUGACGACGCAGCUAGCGGGGUAAAUGUCCUUGGCCGGAUUCAAUUGCAUAGGUUCCUGGUGCCUGCAUGUCGAUGGACACUGGUAUUCUGUUUCUUCUUUGUUUAUUUUUUUUUUAUUUUCGCUCUUUUUUUUGGUCUUUUCAGGGCAUUGUUUUGUUGGAUCAAAUUUUCGUUUUUCCCCCCGUCAUCUCCCUCUCUCUUUCAGGCUUCAUUCAUCCAAGCAAAGAAGUGUAAUUUUUCUUCAGCUUCUCUUUAGAUCCCUAUUUGUGAUGCACUUAUGCCGUGAUAGUCUUCACCGUUGUGUC